GUGAUGACGUUUCACGUCAGAUGCAUACAUCAAAAAAUAAUUUUUUGUUAAUAAUUAGUAAUGAAGGUAGGCGUCUUUUUGGCAACCUACCUAAUAUAUCUAACAAUAUCUGUGCAUGCUGACGGAUCUGAUCCCCAAUGUUCAGGGGUGCCAAUGAACGGGGAAGUUGGCAAAUCAAAAGCAUCAAGUAUCGCCCAAAAAGCCGCUCAAGAAGCUAAAGCUGCACAAGAAGCUCAAAUGGUGGCUGGCCAACAAGCAGCUCACCAAGUGAAAGAACAAUUAGCCGAAAAAGCUUUGGAGGCCGCCGAAGCAGCCGAAGCGGCUUUAGCAGGUAAACAAGCGGUCGUUGAACAAUUACAAAACGAAGUACACGAAGCCGAAGAAGUUGAAAGAGAAGAAAGUAACAGCCUCCAACAAGGACAAGCCUUUUUAAACGCUGCCCUUCAAUCGGCUCAAGAAUCACAAGCGCAAGUAAAACUUUUAACAAACGCUUUACAAGUAGCUCAAGCCAACGCUGCUAACGCCGAACAAGCAGCUCAAGGAGCACAACAAGAAAUUGGCGAAAAAGAACAAUUAUUAGAAGCGGCCAAAAAUCACGAGGAAGCUUUAAUGAGACAACUCCAAUCAGCAAAAGCUGAUUUGGCCAACACUAAGAAAGCCGCUGCUAAAGCAGCGUGUGCGGCACACGAAGCUAAAGAGAAUGCAAUGAGAAAUAAAAGAAAUGCAAUUAGGAAGAAACGGGAAUUGCGGGAAGCUUUAUUAGAUUUUCACAGCACCAGAUUGGAAGCUGCUAAACUCGCUUUAACCGCACAUAGAAUCAAGAGAAGCGCCAUCGAUGAUAGGAUAAAAUUAAAUCAAAAGCGUCGCAAAUAGUUUUUUUAUUUGUGGAUAUAUUCUUAAAUGUAAUGUAUAAGAUAUAUUUAUUUUUUUAUGAUUUACUAUGUACGCUAAUACAAUAUAAAUAAAUAAUUAAACGAUAACACAAUUUUCCAAACUUAACGAAAUCGUUAAACAAAUUUGCAUUUGUAGGGCGAUGUUUAUUCAUCACAACUACUCGCAUAAUACCGGUAUCAAGCAGCGUUCGCUGCCAUUCAUGGGGAUAUAAUUCACCGCAACGCAGAGAAUAUCACUACUAACAUUACCAUAAUCGCCAACUUGAUUGCGCACGGCUGCUACCAGACCACGCCGGAUCACCUGUAUCGAGUUUAAUGGGAA